AUGACGUCAGCUUCCUUGAUCGCCGUAAAUGGUGUAAAAGGGACAAAGGGCUCAGCCAGCACAAAGGCUUCAAAUGGUACAAAUGGUACAAAUGGCACACAUGGCACACAUGGCACAAAUGGCAGCUCCUCCUGGGAGCAAAUAGGCGCCAGGAAGCGACAGGAGCUCUUGGCCUCUAUCCCAGAAGAAUGGCGCAUCCCGACACACCUACUACCUGCUGAGACUGAAGACGACGUGACUUCGUGGCCUGAGACGUGCGGAUGGUUCACUCCUGAGGAACUGGCCAUCACCAACUCAUCUGCCUCCGAGUUGGUUCCUCAGCUCGUCUCUGGUCAGUUGUCCUCCGAGACAGUCACGAGAGCGUUCUGCAAGAGAGCCGCUGCUGCUCAUCAAUUGACAAACUGCCUGUCCGAAACCUGCUUUGACCGCGCCAUCAAGGCCGCAAAGGAGAGGGACCUGCACCUCAAGCAGACUGGCAAGCCCGUCGGUCCCUUGCAUGGACUGCCCAUCUCGCUCAAGGACAACUUCAACCUGCAGGGUCUGGAUGCGACUGUUGGCUUCGUCUCUCACGUUGGCGACGCAGCCAAGGCGGAUUCCACCCUGGCACAGCUCCUGGAAACUGCCGGUGCUGUCUUUUACGUCAAGACCAACACACCAACUGCCAUGAUGAUUGCAGAGAGUGUGAACAACGUCUUCGGCCGCACCGUCAACCCCCUCAACAGAAAGACCACCAGCGGAGGUAGCUCCGGGGGUGAGUCGGCGCUACUCACCAUGAAGGGAAGCCCGCUGGGCGUUGGUUCUGACAUUGGAGGCUCGCUCCGGAUUCCCGCCGCUUGCACGGGCAUCUUCACACUCCGUCCAUCCUCUGGACGCUUCCCCGUGAGGAACACCAGGUCCGGCAUGCCGGGACAGGAAGCCGUGCAGUCGGUGAACGGGCCAAUGGCACGCACUCUCGACGAUAUUACCAUGUACACAGAGAACGUGGUGAAUGGUCAACCGUGGCUUCUGGACCCACGAUGUUUGCCUAUUCCUUGGAGGGACGUGCAGCUGCCCAACAAGUUGAAGAUUGCAGUGAUGUGGCAUGACAACAUGGUCCGUCCCACCCCGCCGGUGACCCGUGCUCUUCGCGAUGUCGUGUCCAAGCUCAAGGCUGCCGGGCACGAUGUCGUUGAAUGGGACCCUGUUGAUCAGAAGGAAGGCCUCACCUUGCUGGGCCGAAUGUUUGUGGCGGAUGGAGGCACCGCCAUCCGAAAGCAGUUGGAACGAACUGGUGAACCGUGGAGACCCGAGAUGGAACAGUACAGGAUCGCAAAGGAGCUGUCUACAUAUGAAAUGUGGAACUUGCAACUGGAAAGAGUCGACUUUCAGAAUCGCUACCUGGACCGCUGGAACAAGGCCGGCAUUGAUGCCAUCUUGUGCCCUACGAUUCCCUUCAACACUGUCAAGAAUGGAACCUUUAAGCAUGUUGGCUACACGGGUGUUUACAAUGUGCUCGACUACUCCUGUCUUUCGUUCCCAACUGGAAUGACUGUGGAUAAAAAUCUUGACAUUAUUGAGGAAAGGUAUCAGCCACUGGGCUCGGACUGCGAGGCGAUCAAUGCGGACUAUGAUGCUGAGACUAUGCACGGUCUGCCGAUUAGUCUUCAGCUAGUAGCGCGAAGGUUAGAGGAGGAAAAGGUCCUGGCCAUGGGCAGGAAGGUCUUGGAUGUGCUGGGCUCUUAG